UUUGCCAGCCCUGCCUUGAAAUCUGUUUGGGGCAACUUCGUCAAUAUGAGGUCUAUCCAGGAAAACAGCGAGCUGAGAAUUGAGAGCAAGAUCGAAGAGAUUGUUGAACCACUAAGAGAAAAAAUCAGAGAUUUGGAAAAAAGCUUCACCCAGAAAUACCCACCAGUAAAGUUUUUAUCAGAAAAGGAUCGUAAAAGAAUAUUGGUGACCGGAGGCGCGGGGUUCGUGGGCUCCCACCUGACCGACAAGCUCAUGAUGGAUGGCCACGAGGUGACCGUGGUGGACAACUUCUUCACGGGCAGGAAGAGGAACGUGGAGCACUGGAUUGGCCACGAGAACUUCGAGCUGAUCAACCACGAUGUGGUGGAGCCCCUCUACAUCGAGGUUGACCAGAUCUACCAUCUGGCGUCUCCAGCCUCCCCGCCAAACUACAUGUAUAAUCCCAUCAAGACGCUGAAGACCAACACGAUUGGGACAUUAAACAUGUUGGGGCUGGCGAAACGCGUCGGUGCCCGCCUGCUCCUGGCCUCCACGUCGGAGGUGUACGGAGAUCCUGAAGUCCACCCGCAAAGUGAGGAUUACUGGGGCCACGUGAAUCCCAUCGGUCCCCGGGCCUGCUACGAUGAAGGCAAGCGCGUUGCGGAGACCAUGUGCUACGCCUACAUGAAGCAGGAAGGCGUGGAGGUGCGCGUGGCGAGGAUCUUCAACACAUUCGGGCCGCGCAUGCACAUGAACGACGGGAGGGUGGUCAGCAACUUCAUCCUGCAGGCCCUCCAGGGAGAACCGCUCACGGUGUACGGAUCCGGGUCUCAGACGCGGGCGUUCCAGUACGUCAGUGACCUGGUGAACGGGCUGGUGGCCCUCAUGAACAGCAACGUCAGCAGCCCCGUCAACCUGGGGAACCCAGAAGAACACACAAUCCUAGAAUUUGCUCAGUUAAUUAAAAACCUUGUUGGCAGUGGGAGUGAGAUUCAGUUUCUCUCCGAAGCCCAGGACGACCCGCAGAAAAGGAAGCCUGACAUCAAAAAAGCGAAAUUGAUGUUGGGCUGGGAGCCUGUGGUCCCUCUGGAGGAAGGUCUGAACAAAGCAAUUCACUACUUCCGGAAAGAACUUGAGUACCAGGCAAACAAUCAGUAUAUCCCCAAACCAAAGCCAGCCCGGAUAAAAAAAGGCCGGACGCGCCACAACUGAACCCCCACCUCCUGGGACGCACGGCUCCCUGAUUUACACUUGACGGAUGUGGCGUUCGCUUUCUUGUUUUUUUUCUUUUAAAGAAAGACUUAAACAGGUGUCAUGAAGAACAAACUGGAAUUUCACUCUGAAGCUUGCUUUAAAGAAAUGGAUGUGCCUAAAAGCUCCCCUCAAAAAACUGCAGAUUUUGCCUUGCACUUUUUGAAUCUGUCUUUUUAUGUAAAAUAGCCUAGAUGCACCUCUGCGUAUCUCCAAGGUUUUUAUCUUGCUGUGAGAGCAUAUGUCGUGACUGUCGUUGACAGUUUUAUUCACUGGUUUCUUUGCGAAGCUGAAAAGGAACAUUAAAUGGGACGAAAGAUGCCGAUUUUAUUUAUAAAAGUGGGUACUUUUAAAUGAGACAUUAUACUAUGCAUAAAGAAAAAAAAUCCUAGCAGCGUUGUCAGGUGGCGCACCGGCAUUUAUUUUUGGGCAGAUACGAGAAUUCUGUUUGAGAGCUUUAUGUUUCUUUUUUAACUCAGAAUUUUUCUAAGGUCAAAUUUUUUUAGUUUGCAAACUUGCCCUUGAAAUACUUCUGUUGGUUGUCACGAUCAAGAACAUUUGAAAUCACUACUGUGUUGUGCUGCAUAUUCUCGGAUGGGGUGGGGGGCAAAGUUAACAUAUUCCUGGUUAGCCAUGAUUAAAUAUGCUAUUUUAAUAAAAUAUUGAAACUCA